AUGACUUCAACAAGUACAUCAACGUCAACGACCACAAAGACUACAACAACUACAUCAACGUCAACGACUACAAAGACUACAACAACUACAUCAACAACAACAUCAGUUUACACGUGUAAUGUCAACUCGACAUCGAAGACGUAUACAGUUGGCUUCAAUCCAUAUGUGCUUAAUGUUGGUGAUUUCAAUAAUGACAAUCAACUUGAGAUUGUCGUUGCAAAUUCUGCCGUCAGCAAUGUGGGCAUAUUUUUCGGAAAUGGCUUUGGAAAUUUUACAGCACAAACUACUUUUCCAACUGGUAUUGGUCCGUAUGCGGUCGCUGUUGGUGAUUUUAAUAAAGACAACCGAUUAGAUGUUGUUGCCAAUUCAGGUAGCGCUACUGUUGGUAUUUAA